AUGCCUUUCGAUCGACCCAACGCCGCUGACCCUGCGCCCGACUUUAGGUUUGUUGACGAUGGAGCCCUACAGUCGGUCAAGACCAAGCAUAGUGAGACUGCGGCAAGACGAGCACACGCGGCCAGAGUUGCUCACCAGCGCCGACGUGAACGGCAACAGCGGGAGCAAGAGACGACAUUGACAGGGAAACGAGGGUCGGUGUCUGAAAGCGAAACCCUGUACCUGUCUCCCAAGUCAGAGUUCAGUUUCGUUCAGGAAGUUGGGGAUGAGGAUGCUGGGAGUGGUCAAAUCGAGAGCUCAACAAAGCAACAGGUGCGACAAAUCCGCCAUUUACCUGUACGACCUGCCAAUCCCGUCAACCGUGACUUUGCUGUUGCUCAACGGACUCCGUCUCCUGCGUAUACUGGCGCCAUCCUGGACCGCUGGCUUGACCCCAUCACGAUUGAUCCAUUUAACCAGUUUGGCGCAGAAUGCCUGCCACGCGCUUUACGGCAUACCCUUGACUACGCCUUUGACGUGUAUUGGCCUGCGAACGUCAAUAGUGCCCCCGGAGAUCGGUCAUAUUCACUCAUACUACGCAGAGGAGCUGCAUUGUAUCCUCAUGCUUUCCAUGGACUUGUGGCUUCUGCUGCAAUGUUCCUCCAGAGAAGUACCCAAGACCGCAAAGUUGCGCUUGCCUGUUCUGCCUUGGUCAAGACAAACCGGGAAAAGGCCAUCCAGCUGAUCAAUGAGGAACUUGAUCAAUUACAGGGCGGAGUACCGUCUGAUGAUCUCGUCAUGGCCAUGGUCGCCGUGGCGAGAGGUUCAGUCGCCCGCGCAAGGGUCCCACCAGUCAGCUCGAUCUCAAAAUCUCCAUUGGCACGAGCGCAGAAUCUUCAUUUCUACAGCACUCAAUCACUGGACCCUGGGUAUAUCAAGGCUUUUUUUGGCAUCAUUGAUCUUAAGGGUGGAUUGACUGGCGUGGAGACACCCUCUCUUGCGACGUUGGCAGAAUUUUUCGAUCUCACAGUCUCGACCUUGACGGGCCAGCAGCCGAAAUACGAUUGGAGACAUCCACGGCAACCAUUGCUCACUUUCGAGAUUGGGGGGCUGAUAAUCGACCCUAUCUCUGUCAUGCUUCUCAAAGAUCUCGGUUCCGGCUUCGACAGGAAUGUCCUUGUGGGCAUCUAUCCAACGCUCAGCAUGAUCUGUGAGCUUGUUAUUGCUCUAGACCGUCUAGUACGCAAGGCGGUGCCAGAACCUGCAAUGCAUGAUUUAGUUCAUGCCCGCAACGCUAUUCAGCACGCGCUUUGCCGUAUCCAACGUUUGGUCAACCCGGUCAGCCUGGAACAAGCCAUUCAGGAGACUACACGAGCAGCUCUGCUUUGUUUCAGUGACAUGGUCAUCUUCCCUAUCCCCACGAUCACCGGUGUUCGAUUACGACUUGUCACCGAGCUCUACGCUUCUCUCUGUGCGUGUGAGGCAUUCGAAGCGUGGCGCCAAGGGUUUGAAGGGUUCAAAAUAUGGGCCACGACCAUAGGCGCAAUAGCAGCAAUCAAUCUGCCGCUCAAGAGCUCAUUUAUCGACAUGCUGAAAAUGCUCCUCUACAUGCGCUACUGGGCGUGGGAAGAUCUUAAGGUGCAACUCAUGAACUUUAUCUGGUGGGAUCACUUGUGCGACGAGCUAGGGCAGACUGUGCACGGAGAAGCAAUUCGGAUAGCUUCUUUUCCAAGUCCGCCACCAGGGAAUCAACAGACAUUGCUUUCUCAUAGUGGACCUUCAGACACAUAG